AUGGAUCGGCUCAAAGCAUGCGAGCCGUGUCUCCUACUGAGCGCCUCUCUUCUGCUCUGGGAAGUGGCCGUGGCGCGAGGGACGACAAGCCAGUAUCAGGGAAGAGUCGACUUCUUCCUCGGCACCUCGGCCGACCUUGAAGCGCGUUCCUCCUCCGGCUGCAAGAGUUGCGCCUCUGUCAUGGGAUGCUCGAGCCACCCCGAUAUCGAGGAGACGCAUGGCAACGUGUAUGGUGUGAGCGCACACUUCCGCUUGAAGCAGCCGCUGCUCACUAUUGCCUGGGGAAACCUGGAUGCGAACACUAAGAAUCCUGCGCAGCGGCGAGCCCAGCUGAUUAACUUGCGCCUGGAUAUACUGCUGUCGACGAAUCCGGUGCUCGCCAAGUCCACUACGGGCCGGGGCCGACUGUACGAUGUUGACGGGUACAAUGUCAGCUUGAUGCGGCGCUGGAUGGAACGGUGCGACAAGCACCACGAAUCAACCUGUUCGGCCAAAUACAAAGACUUUGUCCUGCUACAGGCGAGGCUCAGUCUAAUUGACGUCGAGGAUCUGUGCAUCGUCACGCCAGAGGAGCCCGUUCGCUACGCAACGCUGAGCUACGUCUGGGGCGUCGCCGCGUUGCCCGUGGCGAAAAAGGCAAACAUGACCUUUCUGCGACUGCCCGGUGCCUUCCGGCGAGGUGGCUACCUGGAGCUCCCGGCCACCAUACACGACGCGGUGCGUCUCUGCGCCAAUAUCGGUAUCCGGUAUCUCUGGGUCGACAGCGUGUGCAUUGUGCAGGACGACACAGAGUCCAAGAUGGAGCAGAUCAAGGCCAUGAGCUCGGUGUAUGCCAAUGCCCAUGUGACGCUUGUUGCAUUGUCAUCAGAGGACGCCAAUGCGGGGAUCCCACGCAUCUCACAGGCCAAAUCAGGUUCUGACGUGUCGCCAUUCGUCGACUUACCUUGUCAGACACUGAUCAAGGCAUCCCAAGGGUCACAUGGACUGCCACCCGUGAUUCAUGCUGGAAGUAUGUGGUCGAAAAGAGCCUGGACGCUGCAGGAAACGGUCUUGUCCAGGAGGCUUAUUUGCCUAGGCCCUGUUGCUUCGUGGGCGUGUUCUGGCGCGCACUGGUCGGAAGACUUGGAAGUACUCUCCGAGACGGACGGCCUGCCUGCACCGACGAAAGAAAUAGACAAACUGUCGAUUCCGGCGUGGCCGGACAUGGCUCAGUACGCAAGUCUCGCGACUGCAUACGCGGCGCGUCGGUUGACAAUGCCCACAGACACCCUCAACGCGUUUGAGGGAAUCGCGGCACCCGUGAGACAGCUUUUCCAGAGCGAAUUUCUAUUCGGGGUUUCCGAGUUUGAGUUUGACCUGGGCCUUCUGUGGCAGCACAGACGGAGGGGAGCGAAGCCACGCUCCGGUCUGGACUGGGCGGGCAAAGGUCACAAUUUCCCCAGUUGGUCUUGGAUAUCCCAUCAUGGGCUGCACUUGCAAACCUUUUGGCGGCCAGACUCUUCGUGCCCGCGACCGGAGCUGAGGAUAUCCCCACUUGUCCAGUGGAAGAAGCAGAACAAGGCCACAGAGGACUGGGAAGACGUGGACAACUCGUACCAUGCAGUCCGCAAGCACUUUGAGAAGCCGGAUGCCUCUACGCCGGACAACUGGACCAAGCACACAGACGGCCUCGAGUCGCCAUACUACCAAUCUGCGCAGUUUAGUCACAUCCAGCCCUCGCCCAAGUUUAGCUACCCUAUCCCGACCCGGCCAAGCCUUGCAAGCCAGCCCGCGGCUUCCUACUACCCGCACCUGCUCUUCCAAGGCAGCCUGGCGCGCGUGCGUUUCCAGUUUCGCGGAUCCGCAGAGGAGCGCGCGGCCACAAACGAAAAGCUGCGAGAGGAAGCGCUGGUUCCUGAAAUGGAGAUUGUCAGUGGCACAGAUGAGGCUUGGAUCGGGCGCGUACGCCUGAAUCUGCAACCGGGUAGUGCGCUGCCGCGAGACGACGAGGAGCAGGAGGUCAUUGCCAUUUCAGAGGCCACGAUGACGACCAAGGCUGCCAAGGAGCACUCGCUGACAACGGAGGCGGCCGAUCGGGAAGAGGUUGGACAGGGCGGCGAUGGCCGGUAUCGGUUUGUGAAUGUGCUGUGGAUUGGGCCGACGGAAGACGGCAAAGUGUAUCGCAAGGCGCUGGGGAGGAUAUGGUGGAAGGCCUGGGAGAAGAUGACGGUUGAGCAGACGAGUUCGGCCGUUAAGGCCAAGUUUCGCCGCGCAGACACGACGGAGCCGGAUGUGGGCGAUAACAAAUUCAUGCGCUUGGAGGACGAGGGCCUGACGGAUCAGGAGCUCGAUACAGAGGAGCUGAAAGAGGCCCUGCAGGAACAGCUGGAGCAGGAGCUCGCGGCGGCAUCGGAGCAGAAUUUGCUGGCUAUCAAGGAGGUGCGCGCCAGGACGGAGAUGGAGGUGGUAGAGGAUGCCAAGGAGGAUAUGGAGAGGCUAAAUAUGAUUGAAAAGCUGGAGAGGCUCGAGAAGAGGCCAUGCAUUGCUUCCGAGAACGAGGAAAAGGAGAUGAUGGACGAGGACUGA